GUUGUCAGAAGAGGAAAUCAUUUACUAUGCUCAGGGAAAGCUGCUAGGUCAGGGGCCUCGGACUGCUUCUGCUGACAAACAUUGGCGUCUGAGGGGUCUUGCACAUUCUGGAAAGCUCCAUCUGGGUCAUUCCCACCUGUUUAGGAGAAUGUUUCCUGGCAUUCUGCUGCUUUUUCUUCGCCUGAUGAGCCAGGUAAAGGUCAUUCAGCCAUGCCCCGAGGCUUGUAUCUGCUUUGACCAGACGGUUUUCUGCUCCGAUAAGGAAAUAACCUACAUCCCCCAAAACAUUCCACCAGGGACCUUGAAAAUCAUCUUUGUGGAAACCACCAUGUGCAAGGUGGAGUCCAGGGCCUUUAGCCACACCACCUCUCUAUGCAAAGUGGUCUUUCUCAACACCAAACUCAGAACUCUAGAACAGGAUGCCUUUGGUGGUCUGCCCAGACUUAGAGACCUAGAAAUCACAGGCAGCCCUCUUGGUCACCUGAGAGCUCAGACCUUCUCCAACCUGACCAGCCUCAGAAAACUCACUCUCAACUUCAAUUCCCUCACAAGUCUGGAAGCGGGGACCUUUGAAGGGAUGGAAACCUUGGAGGAACUUCACUUGAAAGGAAAUGGAUUUCAAAAUCUGAUGGAAGGGUUUUUCCACCCCCUGACCUCCCUGAAGACCCUCAACCUAGCUCAGAACCGGCUAGCCCAGAUCCCCGAGAGACUUUUCGCUCCCCUCGUUCACCUCCGGAUCCUGAAGCUGAGCGACAACAAUAUCUCCGCCCUUCCCCGACGUGUGUUUUGGACUCUGGCACGCCUCCAGGAGCUCUUCCUGGACAGCAAUGGGAUCCUGGAGCUUUCUCCCGAUAUCUUCUCAAAGUUAUCCCAGCUGCAACACUUGUGGCUGCAGAACAAUUCCAUCACCCACCUCCCUCGCUCCAUCUUCUCUCUGGGGAACCUCACCUUCCUCAGCCUGGAAAGGAACCAGCUCCAGCAGGUCCCCCCCGGCCUCCUGGGCCAGACCCCCAACCUGGAAAGGCUGUCCUUGUCACACAACCGGUUGGAGACCCUAGACGAGGGGACAUUCCGAAACCUCUCCAAGCUCAGCACCGUCGAGCUGUCCCAUAACCUCCUCUCCGGCCUCCCAGCUGGCAUCUUUCAGGACCUGGCCGCUGUCACCGAGCUCUACCUGGGCAGCAACAACCUGACAUCCUUGCACCGGGACCUAUUUCAGAACCUGACCAGUCUGGGGAAGCUCAGCCUACCCAACAACCGGCUGGAGACACUUCCGAAGGGAAUCUUCGACUCUAAUUACAAAUUGUCCAACCUCGCCCUCAGAGGCAACCCUUGGGCCUGUGACUGUCACCUGACCUACCUUUUGGACUACCUCCAGACGUUCAUGGAGGGGAUGCCGGACAGCCAAGGCUCCUGCAACAGCCCGGCCCACCUCAACGACUCGGAGCUCCUGAGGCUCCGAGUGGAUCAGCUGGUGUGUCCGCUAACCGCUGACCUGGAAACCCUGACACUGUGGAUGUGAAGAACUUCGCUCAGGAGGCAGAUUACAUAGCCCAAAGGAGAAGGUAGCUAUCGCAUCUCAGCCCUGUCCUCUGGUUCCAAGCCUGCCAACCGGAUUCUCCCCAGUUUAGUCUCAGAGUUCACAAGGCGAUCUUUGCCUCUCCAGCCGUCACAGAGAUCCAAGAGAAAUUGGGACCCAACACUGUGGAUCUAUACCUUACCAACAGGGUCAUAUACACCAUUAAAAAAGAUGCAUUCAGGAACAUGCCGGGCCUAAAAAAGACAGAAUUUUUGCAGAGUAAAAUUGAGACCACUGAAGUGGGUGCAUUUGAUAAUCUGAAGAUGCUUUCUCAGAAAUUUCUAGUGCCACCACGUUACAGGAAAUACCUGUGGAGAGCUCCAGGAAUUUUGGAAGCUGCAGACAAUCAACCUUAAGAACAAUAAAAAUCAACAGUUUUAGAAUGGAGUUUUUGAUGAUCUCGAGAAUUUACAGUAAAUUACAGAAUUUACAGAACAAUGAAAUUUCUUCUCUCCCCGAGGGCAUUUUUGACCAACUCCCCAAAUUGACAUUCUUAUACUUAGCCAAAAAUAAGAUCCUCUGUCUCCCCAAAACUAUCUUUGGAAAACUGUCACAGCUGAAAAUACUUUGGCUGCACGAAGAUGAGCUCGUGAGUCUUCCUGAAGAGAUUCUGGAUAAUCAAGCUGACCAGACUGAGUUUAGCACCCAGAAGAAUAAGAUCAAGGAACUACACCAAGCUUGUUCAAUAAACUCUGUUAAAAGCUGA